GAGGAGGAGGAGGAGGAGGGAGAGACGGGAGCUUGCUGGCCGCCUCUCCUCCUCCUCGCCGUUGCCUGCGCACUAUAUAAACACUGAACGGUGGCUAUGAGUGGCUGCUGGACGCGCGCACACGCACGUACACUAAGAAAAGAGAGAGAGAGAGCAGUGAAAGGUAAAGCAGCGCAGAGAGGAGGUGAAGGACAGAAGGUAAAGAGAAGGAGAAGGAGGAGGACGCUGCAGCAUCACUCCUCAUCCUGACCCACGAGCCUCAUCCACGGAGUCUCAGAUUAUUCUGCUUCUUCAAAUCCUUCACUGAGAUUAAAAAAAUAUUUUUGUAAUUAUUUUUUCACAUUCACUCUGGAGAAUCUGGAGCGACUCCUGGAAGAGAGUUUCUCCUUUUCCAUCCUUCCUCUCCUUCACUCCAGCUCACUCCUCCACGUGUCCCAACUACUUUUUUUUUUUUUAAUUCCUGAAUCGUUCACCUCUGGAGCCAAACUUCAUCUCCAGAUCCCUGCGCCAAAAAACGCGACCAAACAUGAGAUUUCCCGCAGCAUUCUGGAGAGAUUCCUGUCCUGGAGACUCAGAGAGUUAAAGGAGAAGGCAGAGGAGGCACACUGUGAAAGUUGAAGAGUGGAAGUGAAAGAAGCUGCUGCUGCUCCUCACCUGCGCUCAGUAAAAGAAGAAAAAAAAACCCUCAGCCGACUGACUGUGAAGUCUCUCAGAGAAACUCUUCGCUUCAUUCAUUCCAAAAACUCACUGCUGACUUUCUGGAGCUGGUCCACACAGAGAAGCCGGACAAAGUUGCUCCGUCCCCCUCGCCCCCCCAAAGACUCCCGUUCGAGACCUCCACUCUGGGAUGAUGUUCGACACCUUUGACCUGGUCUCGGCCCUGGCCACGCUGGCCGCCUGCCUGGUGUCCAUGGCUCUGCUGCUCGCCGUCUCCCAGCAGCUCUGGCAGCUCCGCUGGACCGCGACCCGGGACAAGAACUGCAAGCUUCCCAUGCCGAAAGGAUCCAUGGGAUUCCCCUUCAUCGGGGAGACGUGCCACUGGCUGCUGCAGGGUUCAAGCUUCCAUGCCUCAAGGAGACAAAAGUAUGGCAACGUGUUCAAGACUCACCUCCUGGGUCGCCCUCUGAUCCGGGUGACGGGUGCGGAGAAUGUUCGGAAGGUGCUGAUGGGCGAACACACGCUGGUGACAGUGGACUGGCCUCAGAGCACGUCCACUCUGUUGGGACCAAACUCAUUGGCCAACAGCAUCGGAGACGUCCACCGAAAGAGGAGAAAGGUUUUUGCUAAAGUGUUCAGCCAUGAGGCCUUGGAGUCCUACCUUCCCAAAAUCCAGCAAGUGAUCCAAGAGAGUCUGAGAGUGUGGAGCUCCAACCCUGAGCCCAUCAAUGUCUACAGGGAGAGUCAGCGUCUGUCCUUCACCAUGGCGGUCAGAGUCCUGCUGGGCUUCAGGGUUUCUGAAGACGAGAUGAAACAUCUGUUCUCCACCUUUCAGGACUUUGUGGACAACCUGUUCAGUUUGCCCAUUGACCUGCCCUUCAGCGGCUACAGGAGGGGCAUUCGUGCACGUGACACCCUACAGAAAAGCAUAGAGAAGGCCAUCAGAGAGAAGCCACUGUGUACCCAGGGGAAAGACUACAGCGACGCGCUGGACGUCCUGAUGGAGAGCGCCAAGGAGAAUGGCACCGAGCUGACCAUGCAGGAACUGAAGGAGUCCACUAUUGAGCUCAUAUUUGCCGCCUUUGCCACCACCGCCAGUGCUAGCACCUCCCUCAUCAUGCAGCUCCUCCGUCAGCCCCCUGUCCUGGAGCGCCUUAGAGAUGAGCUAAGGGCUCAUGGCCUCCUUCACAAUGGCUGCCUGUGCCCAGAGGUGGAGCUGAGGUUGGACACCAUCGUCAGUCUCAAGUACCUGGACUGUGUCAUCAAAGAGGUGCUGAGACUCUUCACUCCUGUCUCAGGAGCCUAUCGCACGGCAAUGCAGACCUUCGAACUGGACGGAGUUCAGAUUCCCAAAGGCUGGAGCGUCAUGUACAGCAUCCGGGACACCCAUGACACCUCCUCUGUUUUUAAGGAUGUGGAAACCUUUGACCCAGACAGGUUCAGCCAGGAGCGUGGAGAGGACAAAGAAGGUCGCUUUCACUACCUGCCCUUUGGCGGUGGCAUCCGCUCCUGUUUGGGAAAACAGCUGGCUACCCUUUUCCUCCGCCUCCUCGCCAUCGAGCUGGCCAGCACGAGUCGCUUUGAGCUAGCCACAAGGAACUUCCCCCGCGUGAUCACAGUACCUGUGGUCCAUCCUGUUGAUGGGCUCAAGGUCAAGUUCUACGGCUUGGACUCCAACCAGAACGAGAUCAUGGCUAAGUCAGAAGAGCUUCUGGGAGCAACCGUCUGAAGGUUGCCGAGCCUGUAAGCCAUCAUCCUGCUCAAGGGAGGGGCCAGGUGCUCAAUGAUCCAAGAAGUUUUUAGAAGCAUUUAAAGGAAGGAAUGUAAGCGUCUUGGUUCUACCAAGUUGGAGGUUCUUUUUCAGACCAAAAGAAAAGCAGAAAUCUUCAUCUGAAGGUCAUGAUAUUGGACGUUCCUUAAAAGAGGGAUGCUGCCAAAAAGUUCUGUAUUUUUCUCAAUUCUGUGUAUUUUUAAAUGAAUAUACAAACAAAAUGUAUUUGUACAAAAAAGCUAUGUAAUAUAAUUGGAAAGAGAAGCUGGGUGGAGGAAAGUUCAGAUGGUUUAAAAGACAGAUGGAUGAAACAGGGUAAAGGUGGAAAGAGUUAGUUUGUGUAAUGUUUGGGUUGUCCACCAGGGUAAAGACAUGAAAAAAAAACAACAACCAAAAGUACAGGUUCUAGUCCAGAUCAGUUCACAGUUCAGAGUUCUUCACAGAUCCCCAGGAUUUAAUGUCCUUCAAAGAUCAUAAAACCAUUAGUCAAGAACAAACAAGUACAACAGUUUCCAACAGUGAAUCUUAAGUGUUGGGAUUUCAACAGAACCAGGCCUGUUUCAUGGAACCAUAGUUUGUCAGGGUUAGUAUUUAGGAGGUCAGUGUUGACAUCCAAAGCAGAAUUAAUGACUGAACCCAUGACAGAAAGAUCGUUUCUGUACCUGCUGUUUUAACAGGUUUUUUUUUUAACCCAUUCCUGUUUUCCAUUUAUUCCAGUAAACAGUGAGAUAAGCUCUACAAGAGAAGAAUUGUUUAGAUCCCUGUAAUGAAUCACAACAAAUGUGAACAAAUGUGUGUGAACAGUACCUGUACAGCCUAAAGUGGACUGCAUUCAUUGGCUGCAUCAGUGCCAACCACUGCCGACAACUCCAGGAACCAUGGAUGCAGUCCACUGGGAUUGAGGACCAUAAAGUAGGACACAUCCACCUGAAGAUUGCUCUCUUGGACACUUUAGUAAACAUUCCAGAGCAGGAUGGGAGGAACAGUGAGGAUGGAGGGUGAGGUAGAGGGGGAGUCGACCCACAAACAUGCUGCUUGAGUGUCUCUGUGUCAGUCUGUGUUUAUUUGUGUGCUCUUCUUCAGUUAUCCUCCAUGUUUAUGUAAAGUUCUGUGGAGAAACAGGCCAAGCCUUGCUGCUCUUUCAAUCAACGCUAAGAAUGCAAACCCACGACCUUAAGACACGUGUAUGAAAUAAAGGAUGUUUUUUUUUUUACUGUUACAGAUAUGAUUGCACAGUCAGGACACAAAAUACUCCACGUGUUUGAAAAACCAUCAACGACUGAACUCUGGAAGUCUCUGGGAAUGCUGGGAUUGUUUAGGCACUCGUUUUGGGACAGGAAGUACUGGCAGUAUUUUGGUUCAGGGUGAAGCUGAGUUCAGCCUUAGGUGUGUCAAGAACCUUGAGGUUCUCAGACUAACUUCUCACUGCCGACUUCUUUGUCUUUACAAACAUGUGCCCCAUAUCUGAUUUAUUUAAUACAGCCUGAACAAACCUGACUGAAACCUGACAUACCCACUCCUAAAUCAGAUCAAUAUCUGAUGGUUUUAAACAGACCUCAGCCUGACCGCUCAUUUCUUAUUACCUAAACGGUUACAUCAUUGAAGUGAGAUGGGUCACGUCUUCUUCUGCUCAUGCAGGUCACCUCAGGGUCCUGGAUUGUUCACUGUCUGAGUUUUUACAGUGAAACAACAUUGUCAACAACUAGUUAAAAAAACCAGUGGACCAUUAAGAUCUGCAGAGGGAAGGUGGUCUGAGUUAACGCAGGUCAGCAGGAUCAGUUCCACUCACGGAUGUCAUCAUGGGUGGGCGUGUCUCUUCCUUCUACUUCCCAGUUUUUCCUGAAAUGUAAGGAAAUUCCAAAUCCUAAGUGAAAAACUACUGGACAUUCCUAGUCUCCUCCUCAAUAUUCCGUCUACUGCUACUUGUAAACGUCCACGGAUGAUGUAAGAAAUAGAGUUAUAACUGACUAAGAGUCUGAUAGAUGGGAAUUCUCUGUGGACUUCCUGAUCUUUCUGAAGGACCAGGGCAUCACAGAUCCUUAGUUAAAGGAUUCAUUCAUGUAGAUGGGGGGCUAGAGAGGAGAUGAUUGGAGGGCAGUGGACGGAGCGUCCCGGAGGGUUCCAGAAACCGUUGCCUUUUUCAGCCGACUACACCACUGAUCUGCUCACCAUGAAAUAUGAACAUUUUAUUUUUUUGCUGCUUUUCCUGUGUAUAUAUUUUCUAAUGGAGAGUUCUAGUCUGACGAGUUGUCUCUUUACAAAGAGUUUAUACACACACACACACACACACAGACAGAGUACAUGUUUGUAGCUGACUGUCAAUGCGUGAAGACAGAGCAUUUAUUGGUUUAUAUUUUUUUUUGUUUAGGGAGAUAAAUAAAUCAGCUACUAAUGUUGACUAAUCCAACCUGUUAAUGUUAUUGUACAAUUAAUAUUCAGAGAUUUGAAAAUGAUAUUUUUAUUCUAGAGUUUUUUUUAGCCUAUGAGAUUUUUUCUGGUAAAUAUUGGAUGUAUUUAGAAAUAAUUUUCAGUUCCUUAAUAGUGUACACAGUGUUUAAAAUGUUAAUAUUGUUGAUUAAUAAUAAUAAUUAUAAUUGUUGUUGUGUUAUUCAGACUUAUUAUCGCUGCAUUAUAUUUGAUAUUAAUGAUGAACAAACAGAAAGCACUUCAUCUUUUUUUGCCAUGAGACUACACUUCCUGUCACCUCUGAACCCGAUGUCACUCUGUACAUAAAAAUGUCUUUUUUCUUGUAACAGAAAAACAAAUGUUCAUUAGUUUAAUUUCGGAGCUUCCUGUUACCUUCUCUUCAGCCUAUUUUAUUACCGUGGUUGUUAAAUGUACUCCUGUAAUAAAAUAUAAGGUUAAAAAA